UGUUCUGUUAGUCAGUCGUUCACCACGCACCCGGUCGGCAUGCCCAACGUCGCGUAACCUGUCCAUACGGUUAUAUUCAUUAAACACACACACACCAAAACAUUCAGUCCGGUCGCGCAGUCAUCAGGUGCACACCUGCCGCCGCAUCCUAUUCAAACUCGUGUGUUUGUUAUCCAUUUUGGCGCCGAAUUUUAUUUUUUGGAUUAUUUUGCCAUCGUUAUACUUAACCCUAUACCGGUGCCGACAAAUUGCUCGAGGAACAUAAAUAAGAAGAACACGCCGGGACUUACAGAGACUCUCGAUUACGAAGGAAAAAAAGUCGCACCAAAAGGACUAGGCCAUUUCAACAGUGUUUAUGAUAUGGUAAUAAUUAAAACAGAAAACUGAGUAACAUCGAGGACCAUCAAAAGGUCAUGUGUACGACCAGUGGCGGUGACGCCAAUAAUCAAAAUACUAUGCAAGAAAACUCUGUAACCACUGUGUACAACGGUGACCAAACCAUGAACGAUCAUCUCAGGUUAUCACCUUCUACGUCCUCCAAUGGUGAUAGUGGUUUAGACAACUCAAAUACCUCAUCGUCCGCUGGUGACGCAAAACUUAUCAUAGAUGUACCAGACUUUUCCAAAGAUUUGGAAUCACCUCGUACGGGUAUUGAUAACCCAAGCUUUGAGACUGACAAGUCCGAUUUACCAAAACCUCAUACUAAUGGAGUUAAUGGACAUAAUGGUACCGUUCAACAAGAGAACGGAAAAUUAGAUAAAGAAAAAAUGGCUGAAGCCGUAAAUUUAGAACUGAUUAAUAUGAAACCGUUUGGUAAAAAUAUGAACGGCAAUGGCAUUAGCGUCCCCUCUAAAAAGAAAAAAGAGACUGCAGUUAACAUGAAUGAUUCUUACGAUGACUAUUUCAUUCCCGUCAACGAGCAUAAAAAAUACAUAAGGGGUGGAGAAAAAUUAUAUGUAACCAAAGAUAAGAGAGACCUUAAUCAAUCUAAAAAACCAUUUAUUUGUUGGGUUUUUGGAUUAAUUUUAUUGGCCGCAGCAGUCAUUGUAGCAAUUUUAGCUUCAACUGGAGUUAUCUUUAACAACGAAACUGCUGUGGAAAGUCGCAAUUUCCCUGACAACGAAAGAAUUGCUGGAAUUGGAAAUCAUCCCAUUCAAUUUUCUUCAGUUAGUCCACCACCUAAUUCCAAUGGCCAUAUUCCUUUUAGUCCUCCAACCACAGAUAUGUCUACAUUGUACGUUCCAAGAGCUAUACAAGGUGUAAUUGCCAUAGAUAAUAUGGAUUUUACUCCUAGUUUAGCUAAUAAAUCUUCACCAGAAUUUAAAACAUUAGCUAGUUCAAUAGAAAGUGAGCUUAAAAGAGCUUUGUUUGAAAAAGAAAUUUUUAAUACAGAUUCUGAUGCUAUUCAUGUAAAAGUUAUUGAAUUUGCACGUGGAAGUGUAGUAGCAAUAUACAGAAUAGGAUGGGAAAAUAACGAUGGUGAUAUGCCUGACCCUAUCACUGUUGAAUCACUAAAAGAUCGUUUAGAUAGCCACUUACGAGAAAGUGAUGGAUUUUUGUACAACUAUAGAAUACCUGUACAUAGAUUACAUUCAGAACAUGUUACGGAUAGAUGCAAAACUGAUAACGCAAAAUGUUCUCAUUACUGUACAUAUGAUUAUUUGAAAUUAGAUUUUGUAUGUUCUUGUCCUUCUGAACUUAUCUUAGCUGAAAAUUUAAGGGAUUGUAGAAGAAAAAGUGCAACUGAUUUUGUCGGUGAUAUGGAUGAUGUUAAUUUAUCCGAUACAAAAGUUGAUGUAAGUUCUGACCAAGACAAUCAUUCUAGUUCUGAACCAAAACCAGAGCCUAAAUCUGAACCUGAACCUGAAACAAAAUCAGAGCCAGAACCUGAAACAAAAUCAGAACCAGAAUCUAAUGAUGAGCAUAAACUAGAAGAAGAACUUCAUUCAUUACCAGAAGUGAAUGCUGAACCUGAACCAAGUGCUACCCCAGAAACGAAAGCAGAACCUGAACCCAGUUCUUUAUCAGAAGUAAAUGCUGAACCUGAACCCGAAACAAAAUCAGAACCAGAACCUAAUGUUGAGCAAAAUCUUGAAGAAGAACCUUAUUCAUCACCAGAAGUGAAUGCUGAACCUGAACCAAGUUCUACCACAGAAACGAAACCAGAACCAGAACCAAGUUCUUCACCAGAAGUGAAUGCUGAACCUGAACCAAGUUCUACCCCAGAAACAAAAGCAGAACCAGAACCCAGUUCUAUCCCAGAAACGAAAGCAGAACCAGAACCCAGUUCUUCACUAGAAGUGAAUGCUGAACCUGAACCAAGUUCUACCCCAGAAACAAAAGCAGAACCAGAACCCAGUUCUUCACCAGAAGUGAAUGCUGAACCUGAACCAAGUUCUACCCCAGAAACAAAAGCAGAACCAGAACCCAGUUCUUCACCAGAAGUGAAUGCUGAACCUGAACCAGGUUCUACCCCAGAAACAAAAACAGAACCAGAACCCAGUUCUUCACCAGAAGUGAAUGCUGGACCAGAACGAACUAGUUCUUCGUCUGAUGUGAAAAUUGAACCUGAACCAGCGCCUAAAGCGAAUAUAGAACCCAACUCUAACGCAGAACCAGAACCUAAUUCUGAGCCUGAAACAAGUUCAAAACCAGAGACAAGCUUGACGCAAGAAAUCGAAAAAAAACCAGAACCAAAUUCGUCAUCAUAUGUUAAAGUCGAACCAGAGCCUAGUUCUACUUCAGAAUCAAAAGCAGAGCCAGAACUUAGUUCUUUAUCUGAAGUAAAUGCUGAACCUGUACCAAGUAUUACAUCUACUUUCGUUUCAAGUUCAAUUUCAGAUGUGAAAAUUCAACAAACACCAAAUAAAGUCUCAGAAAAUUUUGAAUCACUAUCAGACGUUGAUAUAAGCUCAGACAAUAAUCCUAGCGAUGAUAAUGAUAAAUCUACUUUAAAGAAUCCACAAGUAUCAGAUAUUGGUUCAUUUGAUAGAGAAGGCAAAGCUCAUUCGAAUAAUGAAUUUCACCAUGAAAUUAAACCCGAGAUCACUUAUACCAUAUCUACGGAAUCUGAAUUAGAAACUAAAACAGAAUCAAUGAAUAAUGAAAAUAACAAAAACAAUGAAUCUAAAUGGCCAUCUUCUGAAGAAUCUUUAUCGCAUGAAAGCGAAGAAACGACUACAAUAUCUUCAAUUACUGACAACUGGUUAACCAGUUCUCAAUCUAGUAUUUUAAGUCUUCCAAAGCUACCGCAAGACUUAGAACUUUCAGAAAGAGAAAAUGAGCCAACCAAAGAAGAAAUUAAAUCAGAAUCAGAAAUUGGUAAAAACUUACAAGAAGAAUCGGUCACAAAAUUGGGUGAAAUAAAUGCUUCUACAACUAUAAUUGACACAGAGUUAUCAAGUAUACCUUCUGAAAAAAUUCAACCUCUUUCAAUUGAUAAAAAUACUUCUAAUGAUCAAACAGUGCCCGAAAAUGUAAAUAUUAAUAUGUCCUUACAAAGUACUAUGGAUAAUGAAGACAAUUCCGCUGAAGAAAUAAAAGAUCAAAAUUUAGAUGAUUCAUUAAUGCAAAAGUCAGAUUCAAAAAAAAAAGAUAAGAAGACAUCUAAAAAUCCAGAGUUUUAUACAUCUGAAAAUGGUUUUAUGAAAAGAAAUAAAACAAAAACUGAAAAAGAAAAUAAAAAGGCCAAAAUCGAUUAUAUGCUUGAAAUGAUGUCAAAGUCUGGAAAAUGUUCUGAAGGACAAUUGCAGUGUACAAAUGGUACUACUCUCGAUGGAUCUUAUUGUAUAAGCGAGUCUUUAAAAUGCGAUUCUAACAAUGAUUGCUCAGACUAUUCUGACGAGGAAGAUUGUCUCGAAAACUAUUGUUUCCAAAAUUUUCAAUGCAAAAGUGGAGAGUGCUUAAAAAGAAGUUUGGUCUGUGAUGGUAUAAAUGAUUGUGAAGAUGGAAGCGACGAAGAGACAUGUGAAACAUGGAAAUGUAGAGAAGGAGAAAAUCAAUGUACUGGAGGUCAAUGUUUACCUAAAUCGUAUUUCUGUGAUGGAAAGUCACAUUGUAAUGAUCACUCUGAUGAACUAGACUGCAAUAACACAUGUAAUGGUUAUCAAUGCUCAAAUGGUUAUUGUAUUAAAGAAGAAUUACGGUGCAACGGAGUGAGUGAGUGUCCAAAUGGGGAGGAUGAACAAAUGUGUGUGUGUUUUGCUGAUCAAUUUAAAUGUAAUUCAGGAUCGAAUUGUAUUUCAAAAACUCAAGUAUGUGAUGGCAUAGCUCAGUGCUCUGAUCAAAGUGAUGAAUGGCAAUGUAUUCAGUUAGAUGAAUCAAAACUGAUGGCUAAAAAAGAAAGCGAAAUUGCUUUAGAAGUGUGCAACACGAAUUGGUCAAAUGAAUGGAGCGAUUUUGUUUGUCAUAGCUUAGGAUUCUCCGAAUCUAAACAGAUAAAUAGUCAAAAUAAACCAUCUGAAACUCUUAGUUUACGUUUAAAAUUAAAAGACGGCAUUUCCUUAGAUUCUACCAAAAAACUUACUGAUUUCCUAGAACAAACUGAGACACCAUGUGACGGUAUUGUCGAAAUCAAAUGUUCUACUAAACAUCUUUGUGGUGAUUUUGGCGGUAAAGAUCCCCAUUCUAUGGAAAUAUGGCCAUCCGUCACUUAUUUGCAUAAUAUCAAAAAUCAUAAAGCAUGUACAGCUAGCUUAGUUAAAAGAGAUUGGUUAUUAUCAUCUUAUAGUUGUUUGCAUUCUAUUGAUCAAUCAUUAUCGGUGGACCAAUGGGAAGCGGUUGCCAGUAAAACACGUUUAUCUAGUGAUUCAAAUACGAUUAAGAGGGCUGUGGUGAAUAUUGUAAGCCACCCUGGUGUAAAAUUCGAGAAAUUGCGAUUCUUAAACGAUACUGUGUUAGUUAAACUGGUUAGUCCAUAUAAUCUAAGUGAUGAAGUAAACACUGUUUGUCUACCUGAUAAAAUGGCCGAUGAUAAACAACCAUGUGUCACAGCUAGCUGGGCUUACGAAUCUCCGGGUGUAUUCAAACAAUUUUCGAGGAAUUUAGUUGAACCCCUGAUGUCUUCUUCUGUAUGUAAUACAUCAAAAUAUUUCAAUGGCUUUUUGACAGAUCGAGAAAUUUGUGUUGACUCUAAGGAAACAGAAUCUACUCAUAUGGAAAUUGGUGGUCCAUUAAUGUGUUUGGCUGAAAAUGGUUUAUGGCAAUUACAAGGAACUCUUAGUUACAAUGAUAAUCGCGGUCGAUUGUCAAAACCAUUAAUUUAUAAUACAAUUUUUGAUUCUGUUCAAUGGAUUGAAUAUACAAUAAUGUCGGGAAAAGCUUAAUAAUGAUUUAUUCACUGUUAAAAAGCUUUGUGUAAUCCAAGAAAUUUUUGUUGUUAUACAUAGCUUAAAAUAUUUUGAACAUAACGGCUUCCUUAUAAUCAUAAUAUUGUUUUAUCAUAAAUUAACUGUUAACUUUUUUAGAUGCAUAUUUAGUUAUUACUCAAUAUGCUAUGUCUUAUUUUGUAUGAGGUCAUUAUUGUAGUUGCAUAAUAUUUUUAGUCGUUAAAUAGAAGUAUUUUAACAUAAAAAUAGCAAGUUGCCAUAUGCAUUCAAAAAAUGUUUAUGAAUUUUUAAAAAUAUUUUAUCAAUUUCUGUAUAAUACUCCGUCCAACCCUAACUAUUAUUGUAUUAUUAUUAUUAUUAUUAUUAUAUUUUAUUUCUACGAACAUGUUCCUUCGGCCAACCAUUGUCGAUUUUGUGUCUCGUGUGUAUCAUAUUAUUAACACGAUUGAUAAUAAUCAAUUUUUUAUUAAAAAAGAAAAAUUGUUUUAUCUGUACAUUAUUUAUGCCACGAUUUUACACAACUCGCGCGGUACCUUUGCAUGGUCACGCCGAUGAAAUCGCUCGUGAAUUCUAAAAUUUUAUCGUUUUGUUAUAAUAUGUACUUAAUUAUUAUUAUUAACAUUUUCUUUUAGUUGUGCUCAAGAAUAUUAUUAUUAUUAUUAUUGCUACGAUACGUGAUUUAUGUGAUUUGUUUUAAGGUUUGAUGUAUCAAAAUUUAGUUUUAUAUGAAUCAUUUAUAAAAUAAAAGUUAUGUCGUUUUACCGUUGUAUUAUAUACUUAAUGCGUAAAUGCAAGUAAUAAAAUAUGUCCAGUAUAUAAA